AUGGCCACAUUCUCUGGCAUAAACAGCCCUCUGAGUCAUAGAGCAAGACCAUCGCAAGGGGCCCAACAGCUGCAGCUGUCAGGCAUCUCUGGAGGACUUGUGGUUCACCAUAGGCUCUGUCUGCCCAUGCUGAUCGAUGUGGUGUACACCUGGGUGAACGGCACUGACCUUGAGCUACUGAAGGAACUGCAGCAAGUCAGAGAGCAGAUGGAGGAAGAGCAGAAAGCAAUGAGAGAAAUCCUUGGGAAGAAUGCAACAAAACCAACUAAGAAGAGUGAGAAGCAGUUGGAGUGUCUGCUGACUCACUGUAUUAAGGUGCCCAUGCUCAUGCUGGACCCAGCCCUGCCGGCCAAUGUCACACUGAAGGACCUGCCAUCCCUCUACCCUUCUUUUCGUUCUGCCACGGACUUCUUCAAUGUUGCAAAGCCCAAGAACCCUUCUACUAAUGUCUCCAUUGUGGUUUUUGACAGUACUAAGAAUGUAGAAGAUGCCCUCACGGGAGUCUUUAAAGGAAACAGCAAACAUUUGAUAUGGAGGGGCUACUUGACAACAGAUAAAGAAGUCCCUGGGUUAGUCUUAAUGCAAGAUUUGGCUUUCCUGAGUGGAUUUCCACCGACAUUAAAGGAAACAAAUCAACUGAAAGCGAAGUUGCCAGAAAAUCUUUCUUCUAAAAUAAAGCUGUUGCAGUUGUAUUCAGAGGCCAGCGUAGCCCUUCUAAAACUAAAUAACCCCAAAGACUUCCAAGAAUUGAACAAGCAGACCAAAAAGAACAUGACCAUUGAUGGGAAAGAACUGACCAUAAAUCCUGCAUAUUUACUAUGGGACCUAAGUGCCAUUAUUAGCCAGUCCAAGCAGGAUGAAGAUGUUUCUGCCAGCUGCUUUGAAGAUAAUGAAGAGCUGAGAUACUCUUUGCGGUCAAUUGAGAGGCAUGCCCCAUGGGUUCGAAAUAUUUUUAUCGUCACCAAUGGGCAGAUUCCAUCCUGGUUGAACCUCGAUAAUCCUCGAGUGACGAUAGUAACACGCCAGGACAUUUUUCGAAACCUGAGCCACCUGCCUACCUUUAGUUCACCAGCUAUUGAAAGUCACAUUCAUCGAAUUAAAGGACUGUCCCAGAAGUUCAUUUACCUGAAUAAUGAUGUCAUGUUUGGGAAGGAUGUCUGGCCAGAUGAUUUUUUCAGUCAUUCCAAAGGUCAGAAGGUCUAUUUGACAUGGCCUGUGCCAAACUGUGCUGAGGGAUGCCCGGGCUCCUGGAUUAAAGAUGGUUAUUGUGAUAAGGCCUGUAAUAAUUCAGCCUGUGACUGGGAUGGGGGUGACUGCACAGGCAACGGCGGAGGAAGCCGCUAUGCCGGUGGUGCUGGGGGCACCGGAAGUCUUGCGCUUGGACAGCCCUGGCAGUUUGGUGCAGGACUCAGUGGUGUCUCCUACUGUAACCAGGGAUGUGCAAACUCCUGGCUGGCCGACAAGUUCUGUGACCAAGCCUGCAGUGUCUUGUCCUGUGGGUUUGAUGCUGGCGAUUGUGGGCAAGGUAUACUUGUUGCUGUAAAAACAUUUAGGGUAAAGGGCCAAAAACUUUGA